AUGUAUAUAUGUAUGUAUAUAUGUAUGUAUAUAUGUAUGUAUAUAUGUAUGUAUACAUGUAUGUAUAUACGUAUGUAUAUAUGUAUGUAUGUAUGUAUGUAUGUAUGUAUGUAUUGUGUAUGUAUGUAUGUAUGUAUGUAUGUAUGUAUGUAUGUAUGUAUGUAUGUAUGUAUGUAUGUUGUAUAUGUAUGUAUGUAUGUAUGUAUGUAUGUAUGUAUGUAUGUAUGUAUGUAUGUAUGUAUGUUUGUUAUGUAUGAAUGUGUGUAUGUUUGUAUGUAUGUAUGUAUAUACGUAUAUAUGUACAUAUUUAUGUAUAUAUGUAUGUAUGUAUAUACGUAUGUAUAUGCGCUUGUGUGCAUAUAUAUAUAUGUAGCGGAUUUGGAUUUGGUACGACGACACUUGGCCAGAAUGGGACCGAAUCUGAGCAAGCGCCGCUCAACAACAAUGGAUCGUUGCAUUCAUGUACAUCAGGCGACAGCAGUUCACUAUCUGCAAGUGGAAAUAAUGGAAAGUAGAGUACAAUUGACAUGCCCCGAAUGCACUGAACUCAUGCAUCCAUCGGACAUCUACUCGCUGAUGGCAAAUUGCCCGGAAAUGCUGGAAAAAUAUGAAACAUUCGCAUUACGGCGUGCUUUGAUGAUGGAUCCGGACACGCGAUGGUGCCCAGCACCUGACUGCACGUUCGUUUCCAUCUACCGCCUUUAA